UUGUGUGCAAAACUCCUCUCCUUAUCUCUCUCUCUCCCCGUCGCUCGCUCGCUCUCUCGUCUGCGUUCACUUUCACAUGUUUGAGCUGGAGGAUAGCAGUUUCCUGACUCGACGAGACUUCUGUCUGAGACGCGGCUCCCUCUGCAACACCUAAAGAUUUCUCAAAGAGCAUGGCACACACGGAUGAGGACCUGAUCGGAAUCCCUUUCCCGAACCACAGCAAUGACGUCCUGUGCAGUCUCAACGAGCAGAGACGAGACGGGUUUCUCUGUGAUGUCAUCCUAGUCGUCAGAGACCAAGAGUACCGCACCCAUCGCUCCGUCCUGGCCGCCUGCAGCCAGUACUUCAAAAAACUCUUUACCGUGGCCACCGGUACCGGCAGAGACUCCAACCAACACGCCAUCUACGAACUGGACUUCGUGGCUCCAGAAUCGCUGACAGCCAUUUUGGAGUUCGCUUACACUUCCACCCUGACGGUGACGGUUUCGAACGUCAAAGAGAUCCUCGGCGCUGCGAGGCUGCUGGAAAUCCCCUGCAUCAUAAACGUCUGUCUGGAAAUCAUGGACACGGGAGGAGACGGAGGGGACCAGGCCGCAGAGGGAGAGAUGGACGGGGAGGAGUUUGAGGGGGAUGAUGAGGAAGACGACGACGAAGAGGAGGAAGCGGAGAACGAGUCGAAAGAUGGCGAGAAAUCCCCACAGGAGAGUGUGUCCAAAAACCAGGAUGGUUGGGAGGAGAGGACAGGAGCCAGCCCACCCUGCAGUUCGCAAAAGGGGGCAAACCCAGAUCAGGACGACCAUGAACCGCGCCACAGGAACACCCCAGAGUCCCAACAGGCUGAAAAACCCAGAGUGCCGGAGGGCUUAGAGAGCCGGACACUAAAGGACUUCUCGAUAGAGUCUCUGCUCCAGGAGGGUCUCUACCCCAAAGUUUCGGGCCUUGAGAGAGGGGCUGGCUUCUCACCUCUCCUUCCAGGCUUCUACCCUCCAAUGUGGGCCGCAGAAUUCCCAGGCUACUCCCAGCUGGUGGAACCACGGAAUCCCCCUCACCCGUUUCAUAGUGCCUCGCUGGAAAACGGGCCGUUGGACCUCGCCGUCAAGAAAGAAGUCAUCAAGGAAGAGCAGAAGGACGAGCCUCUAAAUCCGGUCAUUCACAGAGACUUCUUUAAGGACUUCAUGAGUCCAGGAGUGGGCGUGACCUCUGACCCUGCCCUGGGUCAGAUCAAAGACGGCGCAGACCUACGGUCCUACCUGAGUUUUCUUUCUGCAUCCCACUUGGGAACGCUGUUUCCACCGUGGCAGCUGGAGGAGGAGAGAAAGAUGAAGCCCAAGGCGUCACAGCAGUGCCCGAUCUGUAACAAGGUCAUACAAGGAGCGGGAAAGCUCCCACGACACAUGAGGACGCACACGGGAGAGAAGCCCUACAUGUGUACCAUAUGCGAGGUCCGCUUCACCAGGCAAGACAAGCUGAAGAUUCACAUGCGCAAGCACACGGGCGAGAGGCCUUACAUCUGCCUGCACUGUAAUUCAAAGUUCGUUCACAACUACGACCUGAAGAACCACCUGCGCAUUCACACAGGCGUGCGGCCGUAUCAAUGCGAGCACUGCUACAAGAGCUUCACGCGCUCCGACCACCUGCACAGACACAUCAAACGCCAGAGCUGCCGCGUCUCGCGGCCGCGACGUGGCCGAAAACCCUCCCCCUGGCGCUCCGCCAACUUCCUCUUCCCUCCAGACCCCAACGCCCUUCAAGGGGACAGGACCAUGCGGGUUCCACCGUUGCUGGCUGAACGGCAGCACCCACCGGGAGGGCAAGCGAUGGAGGACGUAGAUGGCAGCGGUAACAGCCGAGAGAGUUUGACGGACAGGAAGUUCAUCUCAGAGGAUGUGGACAGGAAACGGGGGAUUUUCGCUUUCGCCGUGGCAACCGAGGACGUUCUGCCUCACCCACCCUUCUACAGCGCCACCUCUGACCCCUGGGCCGUGAGACUGGACCGCGCCCCACCCAUUCCCGAAGCUGCGAAGUGACUUUGUAGAGCUGGCCGUUAACGCCCGACCUCUGAUUGGGUCUCGGGUUAAAGGACGGCAACGUAACAAAUAUUCAUGAACUUUCUCGGACGGAGAAAACGGUGUGAUGUUUAAAAAAAGAGAGACUUAUUUUUUGUUUCGGAUGUCAGCUUCCAAUGGGAUGACAGGGAUUUUAAAUACAUUUUACGAUUUGUUAAUAUCUUGGAUGUGUUUGACGCUUCAACGUUUUGCUGAGAAAGGAAAAUGAAACCAAGUGUGAUGCGCUCAUUGACUGUUGCGUGCAAACGGUGCGCCAAACAUAAAUGCAAGAAUGGAGAGGUGUUAAAUCAGGUAUUGAAGAGAAAAAGAAGUCCUGCUGAAAUAAGCUACGAGCUCUUAUGUUUGCAUCCCAACUACUUUUAUUUAAGGUCAGCGUAAAUCUGUUUCCCGAAUCUGUAAAUUUGUUCAUCCUCUAUGCAAAAUACACGAAAAAGCAAGUUACCAUGAACAAAAGAAUUUGUUAAUCCGAAAACAAAAUCUCAGGCAAAAGGUUUUGAACUAAAAUGACUUGAAGUUUUUUAAAGCCAAACAUAAGAUGUCAAAUCAACCUGCAGUCGAUAUAACAACGAAAAUAAAAUCUUUUUAUUAACAUGAUUUUAUUUAUGUGACAUGAAAAUACUGCUGUUUAACUUUCAGCAUCAGGACCUGAAAUUAGCCAUUGAUUAAAAUCAAGCAAUGAAAAUAAAUGGUCUUUUAAAAUCCUGUGA